CUAGCAUAAUCAGUCUGUUAUUCAAAUACGCUUAAUCGCUCUCUUGUUUCAUUUAACUAUACUUUAACAUAACGCAGAUUACUGUAGGAGUUAUUUCAAUUACUAUUGGUCAUUAUGAAGUGGAUUUGGUUUGUGUUGCUUGCAGAAGCUAUGACCGUAGUUGAUUCACAUCGACCGCUGACCAACAGGGGGAGUUAUGAAGUAUUUUCGUUUUCCACGAAAGCUAAAACAAUGGCAGAGGUAGUCUACAGGAUGUGCUUGCCGAAAGUUCCUGAUUACGUUCACGCAACAGCAAGACCGAGCAACACAUCUUUGCCCCACAAGUUUAAUCUGACCAUUCUUGAAAUUAAGAGAGGAACCUUUGUAGUUGAAAUAGAGCGAGUUGAUCAAGCUACAGGGUGGGAUUGGAUGCCGAUAACUGUGGAUUGGUUCUCAUAUAUAGGUACGAAUGUAAAACUAUUACAUCAUCACGAAUGAUAACAUUCUUAUUUAGCU